AUGACCCAGCGGGCGAAUGCCAAGGUGGUGAAAAGGAUUCAGCAGCUUUGGCAAAUUGAUUUAUCCUUGGGAGAAAACAGUACACACCAGAUGUUGCUGAUCUCCUGCGCCCUGAGCAGUGGCUCCAUGGAUUUCUUGAUAUGCACACGGACAAGGCCUAUGGAGGGCACAGAGAGUAGCGAUGACUUCGGCUGCAAAGACGCGACAAUCAGGGAUCACAGAGGGAUGAGACUGAAGUGGACCUUCGGAUCUGCGGAGCCAUACCUUGCACAAACAUGUGAUCUUGAAGAGUUGCAUGCCAAAUACCACGUUUGGUCCAACUGGAAGAAGCUUCGAUUCAUGGCUCCUUUUGCGCUCGUUGUGCCUGCGCAGGCAGCCUUGUCUUCGGCCUUGCAGCGCUACUUCGACGCUGCGGCUCAGGGGGUGAUCCCCUGGGCUGAGGUCGGCCACGAGAACGACUUCGAGGAAGUUGUCAUGGAUGAGGAAGAAGGGUCCAGAGGACUUCUGCACCUCGGCUUCCUCUCGGCAGCGAUCCGGGAGAUGAUGAUCGAGGCUGGCCAGUAG